CUCCUCCCGCUCCUCUCCCGCACAGCCCGGGGCAGCCGCCGCCGUCCCGGCCCGGUCCGCUGCUCCGGCUCCGUUCCGUUCUGUUCCGCUCUGCGGUUCCCAUGCGGGGCGGCCCCGCGUCCCACCCCCGCCCAUGGCCCGGCUCUCGGUGAAGGAGCACCUGGACGGCAUCCUCAGCGACUUCGAAGCCCUCAAGAAGUCGUUUGAGGCAGAGGAUGCAGGUGAUGCUCCAGGAUCUCCCAUUGCAUCCCCACUGUCUGCAGGAGCCACCGAAAGCCACCGGGCUCUGCAGCCCGGCCCUGACCCACACAGUCCAUUGCUGCGGGGUCAGCAUCGUGCUGGCCGGGCUCCCGGUGGCAUCCCCUCCUUCCAGAGCCACACAGGGCCGGGCAGUGACGGCGAGAGCCUGCGCAGCUCCAGCUCCAGCCUGGAGAGCCCCGCAGCCCCCCAGCCUCCUGCAGCCUCCCUGGCCGCCGACCCCUGCUUGAAGAAAGUGCCAUCACAUGGCUGCGUCUUCCCAGUGGAAGCAGAAUGUUCCCUGCAUGUGGCUGCUGGGCACAGCUCGCUGCCAGCACUGGACUUGCACAUCGCCGAGGAGCCGAGCAUCCCCCCCCCAGCCCCACGCCCCACACCACCAUGGGGUGCCCGCAGCCCCGCUGCCCUGCCCCACACCCGCCUGCCUUCUUCCUCCUCCUCAAGUACUGAGGUGGCCCCAGGGCUGCCCCGCACACAGCUCAGGGUCAGCCUCAGUGCCAGCCCCCGCCUGGCUCGCCCGACCCCCCUGGCUGUCACUGCAGCCACCAGCCCCAGUGAAAGGCUGCUCCCCCUGGCUGCCCCCUUCAAGCUGGUAUCGCAGCCACAGACGGUGCAGGUGAGCUCCCAGCCUGCCUUCCUUGGGGGGAUGGUGCUGGGGCCGGGCACCCCGAUGGCACUAAGGAACAUCGGCAGCACCAGCCCCACCAUGGGGACCUGCUUGGUGAUGCCACGUGGGCUCGGCCAGGCUGCAGAUGGAUGCUGUUCCACGGUGACGCUGGAGCACGGGAGCAGCCUGGAGCCCCAGGAGCGCAGCAUGGAGGCGGCGGCCGUGCCCCAAGAGCUGCCCCCUGAGCGUGGGGUGCACGAGCUGUUUGGGUACGUGGGGAUCGAGGCCGUGCUCGAGCAGAUGAAGGUGAAGACCAUGAAGAUGGGCUUUGAAUUCAACAUCAUGGUUGUCGGGCAGAGCGGGCUGGGGAAGUCCACCAUGGUGAACACCCUGUUCAAGUCCAAGGUGAGCCGCAAAGCUUCACAGCCUGGCCAGGAGGAGCGCAUCCCAAAGACGGUGCAGCUGCAGUCAGUCACCCAUGUGAUUGAGGAGAAGGGUGUGAAGAUGAAGCUGACGGUGACGGACACGCCGGGAUUUGGGGACCAGAUCAACAACGAGAACUGCUGGGACCCCAUCAUCAAGUACAUCAAUGAGCAGUACGAGCGGUACCUGCGCGAGGAGAUCCUCAUCACCCGCAAGAGGAAGAUCCCGGACAGCCGGGUGCACAGCUGUGUGUACUUCAUCCCCCCCACGGGGCACUGGUUGCGUCCCCUCGACCUGGAGUUCAUGCGGAGGCUGAGCAAGAUUGUCAACGUGGUGCCGGUGAUUGCCAAGGCUGACACGCUCACCCUGGAGGAGCGGGAGGAGUUCAAGCAGCGGAUCCAGCAGGACCUGAAGGCCCAUGCCAUCAGCGUGUACCCACAGGAGGAUUUUGAUGAGGACCCCGAUGACCGAUUGCUCAAUGAUAGGAUCCGGGAGAAGAUCCCAUUCGCUGUGGUGGGGGCGGACCAGGAGCACCAGGUGAACGGCAAACGGGUGCUGGGCCGCAAGACCAAGUGGGGCAUCAUCGAAGUGGAGAACCCGGCACACUGCGAGUUCCCUAUGCUGCAGGACCUGCUCAUCCGGUCCCACCUGCAGGACCUCAAGGACAUCACCCACAACGUGCAUUACGAGAGCUACCGUGUGCGGAGGCUGAAUGAGAGCAACCGGCCAGCGCCGAGCUCCAACAACGGGCUGCCAUGCAGGGAUGAGGACGGGGACGAGAGCAAUCUCUGAGCCCUGGAGCCCCGACCCCAUGGCAGCGCCCGGCCCCUGCCCCACAGUGACUGUGCCACCUCAGCUCACAGCCCCCCAGCCCACAAGGAUGAACAGAGGGGGCUCCCUGGGUGUCCCCAAGUUCUGCUGUGACACCCGGAGCCCGCUCAGCAUUAAAGGUGAAAACGGAACCUUCA